AUGAGCCUACAGGAAAAUAUGGACGACCAAAUCAAAAAUAUUAAGAAGGAAAAGACCGAAAAGCAGCCCAUAAAGCGCCACACAUGGAAAUCUUCAGAGGACAAAAUAUUGCUCAACAUAUUAAAAGAUCAAACUCAAAAUGGAGGUAAGGAAGGAACAGGAUACACAAAGAAAGCAUGGCGUGAAAUCCUAGAACAGUUCAAUGAGUCAAAGGUAGACAAACUUGAGUUGCAACAAAUAAAAAAUCGUCAUAAGUACUACAGGAGUUGUUAUGCUAGCAUGGACAAACUUCUAAAGCACACAGGGUUUGGUUGGGAUGACGAUGAUAAAAUGAUCAAAGCUUCAGAAGAAAGUUGGGCGGAUCUCAUAUCGAAGGACAAGAAUAUUCAAGAAUACCGAGACAAAGUGUGGCCUAGUUGGAUAGACCUUCAGGACAUUUGUGCUAGCUCUACCGCAUCAGGAGUUGGUGCUAUAUCUAGCAAAGGGAAAGGUGGAACCAGCAAAGAACAAAUUGAAAUUGAUCUGAAUGAGAUAGUAGAAGUUGAAUCUGAUGGAACAAAUGAUUCCCCUGUUGCUUGUCCUAAGAAGCCUAACACCACUAAGGUCGAGAAAAAGAAGAAGGGCAAUGCAAGUGGGUCGCAAAACACUUCAAAAGGGCAAAAGCGAACAGCUGAUGAUGCUAUUAAUGCAAUUGAUCGCCUGGCAGAUGCAUCACUGAUUAUUGCAAAAUCAAAGAAAAAUGUAGCACAGCAAACAGAAGCUUACUCAGUGAAAGCAUGUAUGCAGAUAUUAAAUAGCAUGCCUGAUGUUGAACCAAACAAAAAAUUGAAAGCUGCACAAGCAUUUGAACAUGUUGAUAAAAGGGCUAUUUUCAUUGAGAUGGAUGAAGAGACUCGGUCUCUCUGGGUUGAAAAUGCGUAG